AUGUCCAGAUUCGCGACGGCGAGCCUCGUGGCCUUCGACUCCAUCAAGUCCAAAGCGUCGGAAAAAUUUGCUGGAUUCAGAAGAAGCAAUGCCGGCUACGAGGAAUUUGAGAUGCCCAGGGAGGGUAGCAAAGACAAUAAGGGGUUCGAGGAUGAGACAGGAUACAGUAGACAAGCCUCGUUCGAAUCUCUCCCGGAACCUGAACGGCCCCCAUUGCGUCACAUUGACACUUACUGCAAGCCAGAAUGUCCCUGCUUAUCGAAGAGAUAUACCAUUGCCACGUUGGCCUGUAUAGGAUUCAUAAUCUCAUUCGGCAUGAGGUGUAACAUGGGCAUGGCGAAAAUGGCUAUAAAGAAUACCACCGAAGACAAUGACAACCAUACUCUCAUGUUCAACUGGACAGUUGGCGUAGAGAGCGCCCUGGACUCGUCUUUCUUCUGGGGCUACCUGGUAACCCAGGUACCAGGAGGAUUCCUUGCUUCCCUGUAUCCCGCGAACAAGAUAUUCGGUGCCGCGAUCGCCAUAUCUUCGUUCUUAAACUUGCUGGUACCUGGUGCAUUGAAAGUCGACCCCAUCGUCGAUAUGGUUGUGCAGGUCCUGAAGGGAUUGGUAGAGGGUGUCACGUAUCCAGCGUGCCACGGUAUUUGGAAGUAUUGGGCACCACCAUUGGAGAGAUCGCGUUUAGCGACAUUGGCAUUCUGCGGGUCUUAUGCUGCCAUGGUGAUAGGAACGCCGCUCUCGGGAUGUCUGACUUCGAUCUUUGGCUGGGCAGCGUCCUUCUACUUCUAUGGUAUGUGCGGGUUGGUUUGGUACUGUUUCUGGUUGUGGCUAGCCUUCGAGAAGCCAUCGAAACAUCCUUGCAUUUCGGCUCGCGAGCUGCGUUACAUCGAAGACUCCCUUGGCCAGGGUCAAGCACAGAUGUUCAUACCGACAUUCGCCACAACGCCAUGGCGUAAAUUCUUGACAUCCAUGCCGGUUCACGCGAUCAUCGUGGCGAAUUUCUGCAGGUCCUGGAAUUUCUACCUGCUGGUGCUUUACCAAGCUCGUUUCAUGCAGGAGUCUUUCAACAUGGCUCUGGUCGAAGCUGGUAUCAUUGGCUCACUUCCACAUUUCUUGAUGACGAUGAUCGUGCCCUGCGGAGGACUGCUGGCCGAUCACAUUCGUAAACGUGGAAUAUUGUCAACGACGAAUGUCAGGAAGCUCUUCAACUGUGGUGGUUUCGGUAUGGAGGCUCUGUUCUUCUUGGUGGUGGCUAACGCGACGACACACAGGAAUGGAACAGCGGCGAUCGUCGCUUUAGCGUGUGGUGUCGCGUGCAGUGGCUUUGCUAUUUCCGGUUUCAACGUAAAUCACCUGGAUAUCGCACCUAGAUACGCCAGUAUCUUGAUGGGAAUGUCGAAUGGAAUUGGUACGAUAGCGGGACUGCUGGUGCCCUUCUUCGUAGACAACAUCACGGCAAAGAAGGAUGCUCAUAGUUGGCGAAACGUGUUUAUUAUAGCAGCAUGCGUGCACAUUUUCGGUGUCACGUUUUACGCGAUCUUUUGUUCCGGAGAGCUGCAACCAUGGGCUGAUCCUGCUUUAGACGAACAGAAGACCUUUGCUAUGGAUGAAUUUGGUCAAGGGAAACCACCUAUCCCGCCACAACCGAAGACUAUGCAGUCCGAAUUUAUAAAACAACCAAGCAUGGGCGGUGGAGCAACCGAGGAAUGGAAUACCUACGAUCAACCAGCUUCAGACAAUAUGUAUGCUCAACAAGAGAAACCACCAGUGAUAAGUUAUGGAUCGACGGAAACCCAUAGCAACAAUCCCUUCCAUUCGACGAAUCCCUUCGUCGCCGACGUAAACGCGAGUCUGGUGCAACCACCAGCAAUGAAUGACUACACAUACGACAUAACGCAACAGCAUCAACAGUGAAACUAAAUUCAUCGAUCCCUGAACAAAUUGCAUGGAUGUAAGGAAAUCUGUUUCAGUUGACUGAUCAUUUAAUUGCGUUUAUUUUC